AACCUGAAACUCUCACAUUCCUGGCAUAGCAGCCGCCUCCGGCGCGGGCGGACCCUGGGGCUGCGCGCUGAGGCUGGAGCCGCCAGAGCGUCGGCGCCAGAGUCGGGUGCACACCUCCGCCGCCGAGCUAAGUCGAAUCGAGGAAGGCCAGGUCUUCGGUUCCGACUGCACCGGGCACCCGCGGGCCGCAGCGGUGCUCUGGGCCCAGGUGCUGCUGGCUAUUGUCCAGGUGGGUGUGUGCAAGCCAAAGAAGCAUGAGGACGCUGGAAGACUCCUCAGGGACAGUCCUGCACCGCCUUAUCCAGGAGCAGCUACGCUAUGGCAAUUUGACCGAGACACGCACGCUGCUGGCCAUCCAGCAGCAGGCCCUGAGGGGUGGGGCUGGGGGCACGGGAAGCCCCCAAGCCUCCUUGGAGAUCCUGGCACCUGAGGACAGUCAGGUGCUACAGCAGGCCACGAGGCAAGAGCCCCAGGGCCAGGAGCACCAGGGUGGUGAGGCCCACCUGGCAGAGAACACCCUCUACCGGCUGUGCCCACAGACCAACAAGGGCGAGGAGCUGCCCACCUAUGAGGAGGCCAAAGCUCACUCACAGUACUAUGCCGCCCAGCAGGCAGGGCCCCGGCCACACAUCGGGGAUCGGGAGCUACGCGGGGCCCCAGGAGGCAGUCAGCGGCAGGACGAGGCCCUGAAGGAGCUGAGGCAUGGGCAUGUGCGCUCCCUGAGUGAGCGGCUCCUGCAGCUGUCCCUGGAGAGGAAUGGAGCCCGGGCCCCUAGCCACAUGAGCUCCUCCCACAGCUUUCCACAACUGGCCCGCAGUCAGCAGGGACCUCCACCCAGGGGCCCCCAGGCAGAGGGCCCGGAGACCCGUGGACCCCCACCUCAGUACCCACACGUUGUACUAGCUCAUGAGACCAUCGCUGCCUUCCCUGGCACAAGACCAAGCCCAUGGGGACCAGCUCACCACACCCGUGGCAAUCCACACUUCCAGCAGGCUGAAGUCAGGAUCCUUCAGGCCCAGGUGCCCCCUGUAUUCCUCCAGCAGCAGCAGCAGUACCAGUACAUGCAGCAGCCCCAAGAGCACCCCCCACCCCCACACCCAGCUGCUCUUGGCCAUGGACCCCUGGGUUCCCUCAGUCCACCUGGAGUGGAGGGGCCAUCAAGCACCCAGGUCUCCUCAGCCACCACAGGCAGUGCCCACCUGGCCCAGAUGGAGACUGUGCUGAGAGAAAAUGCCAGGCUACAGAGAGACAAUGAGAGGCUGCAGAGGGAGCUAGAGAGCUCAGCGGAGAAGGCUGGCCGCAUGGAGAAGCUGGAAAGCGAAAUCCAGCGACUCUCUGAGGCUCAUGAGAGCCUGACGAGAGCCUCCUCCAAGCGUGAGGCCCUGGAGAAGACCAUGCGGAACAAGAUGGACAGUGAGAUGAGGAGGCUGCAGGACUUUAACCGGGAUCUUAGAGAGAGAUUGGAAUCUGCAAACCGCCGACUGGCAAGCAAGACACAGGAGGCCCAGGCAGGCAGUCAGGACAUGGUGGCCAAGCUGCUUGCUCAGAGCUACGAGCAGCAGCAGGAACAAGAGAAACUGGAGCGGGAGAUGGCACUGCUGCGCGGAGCCAUUGAGGACCAGCGGCGGCGCGCCGAGCUGCUAGAGCAGGCCCUGAGCAAUGCACAGGGCCGGGCGGCACGAGCCGAGGAGGAAUUGCGCAAGAAGCAGGCCUAUGUGGAGAAGGUGGAGCGGCUGCAGCAGGCGCUUGGGCAGCUGCAAGCUGCCUGUGAGAAACGGGAGCAGCUGGAGCUACGUCUGCGGACACGCCUGGAGCAGGAACUCAAGGCUCUGCGUGCACAGCAGAGACAGGCGGGCACCCUCAGCAGUGGCAGUGGUGGGUCCCCAGAGCUCAGCGCUUUGAGGCUGUCAGAGCAGCUACGGGAGAAGGAGGAGCAGAUCCUGGCACUGGAAGCUGACAUGACCAAGUGGGAGCAGAAGUACCUGGAGGAACGUGCCAUGAGGCAGUUUGCCAUGGAUGCAGCCGCCACAGCUGCUGCCCAGCGUGACACCACACUCAUCCGACACUCCCCCCAACCCUCACCCAGCAGCAGCUUCAACGAAGGCCUGCUUGCCGGCAGCCACAGGCACCAGGAGAUGGAGAGCAGGUUAAAGGUGCUUCAUGCCCAGAUCCUGGAAAAGGAUGCAGUGAUCAAAGUUCUUCAGCAACGCUCCAGGAAAGACCCUGGCAAGGCCACUCAGGGCUCCCUGCGGCCCGCUAAGUCUGUGCCAUCCAUCUUCGCAGCUGCAGCAGCAGGAACCCAAGGCUGGCAAGGGCUGACCUCCAGUGAGCGGCAGGCAGAUGCUCCUGCCCGCCUGGCUCCAGCAGACAGGGCCCCUACAGAGGAGCCAGGUACUGCAGCCCCCCUCCCUUCCCAUGCCAAACACGGGAGCAAAGAUGGGAGCACCCAGACUGAGGGCCUACCGGACGGCACCUCUGCCUGCCUGCCACUGGAGCCUGAGGGCUUUGUCGGUUGCAGCAGUGGUCAGAGAACAGCCUCACUGGACUCUGUAGCUACAUCCAGAGUCCAGGACUUGUCAGACAUGGUGGAGAUUCUGAUCUGAAGGAGGUAGUGCCUUGGGGACUCAACCAUUUCCUGUCCUCCUCAGCGUCUGUCACUCUUGGCCAUUCCAGCAGCCCCUCCAACUGCUGCUUUCCCACUUUCCCAUCACCGUAUGGUCCUAGGAGUUCAGGAAGGACUGCUGUGGGGGGAGGGGAACUGUGAGCACCAGCAUCCCAGAAGACCUUCCUUCUUAGCCUUACAUUCCUCCUGAGUCCAUGGAGAAUGAGGAUUCAGCCUUGGCCUGCUGCC